GUCGAGCCAUCUGCUGAUGAAGCUGGUCCACAGUCAGAAGUGGAAGCAUCUGGCUGUGGUCGAGCCGUCGCCAAAGGCUGGUGAGGGGAAAGGAGUGCUACCAACCAAACACUUCCCCAAAAACUCCAUCCUGUGUGAUUAUCACAGAGAGCUCAUCUCUGGUGCAGAGGGGAGGAGGAGAAUGGCUGCAAGAAGCAACCAGAUGGGCUACUCCUUCUUCUUUAAGGCUGGCUCUGCUGACCUCUGCGUGGACGCCCAUGAUGCCCCGUGCUCGUGCCACCCUGACAUGGAGACUUUUGGCAGACUUCUCAAUCACUCCAGAAAAAACCCAAAUGUGAGGCCUGUAAACUGCCUCGUGCAGUUCCCAGAAGGACCACAGCAUGUGAUCCUUUUUAAAGCAAUGAGGGACCUGCAAGUAAAUGAAGAGCUGCUUUUUAACUAUGGGGUGAGGGAAAAAAUCCUUUGGUGGGGAGGGAGCUGAUCUCACCUGGUUGGAGGACUGACUUAAAAUGUCUGCUGUUCACACAUGUAAAUAUGUACAUA